GGACAGCGAGCUGGGGCGCCACCACAUCGGGUACGAGAUCUUCGCCGACUUCAAGCAGGGCAACAUGCAGCACUUCUGGAACAAGAAGGUGACGGCCGCCGUGGCCGAGACCUUCUUCCUGGGCUGGAUCGACGAGCAGGUGCUGCUGAUCCAGGGCAAGGAGGAGCACCUGGAAGUGCUGCGCGAGGGCUGGAUGCGCAGGUCCCUCAAGCCCCCCGCCGGCUUCCAGAUCAAGUGCCUGGCAUGGUAUCUGCAUUAUGAUAUAAUUCCGGGGGCCGUAGGCAAGAAGAUUGAGAAGGUGGGAAAAUAUCUUGGAAGAAGACUUUAG